AUGAUUUUAUUCAACGUAGCCAUUCUAACUGCUAUUUUACUACCUCAGUGCUACAGUAUUUUCGGAAUUGGAAAACAGCAGUCAGUUGCGGUCACAGGGCGGCUUUUAUGUAACGACCAACCAGCUGCUGGAGUUAAAGUGAAACUUUACGAAAAAGAUAUACUUCUUGAUUCUAAAAUGGACGAAGGUAGGACGGAUCUAACGGGUUGCUUCACCUUAUAUGGAACAGAAAGAGAAAUAACGAAUAUUGAUCCGAAAGUUAAUAUCUACCAUAAAUGUAACUAUUGGGGGCCAUGUUAUAAGAAAUUUGGAAUAACGAUUCCGGACGAGUACAUUACAGAAGGCAGCUAUCCGAAGCACACGUUUAACAUAGGAACAAUAAAUCUGGCUGGCCGGUUCUCAGGAGAAAAAAUAGAUUGUUUGAAUUGA